AUGCGUCAAGCCCAGCAUGCUGAUCAUCUGGCGCCCCCUCCCAUUGCCCCGGUAUCAACUCCAAAAGCGGGGGCCGGCGCAUCGGAAGCGAGUCACUUGAGCAUGCUCGCUCAGAAGGUCGUGCUGGCGGGCGUUUCCAACAUGGCAAGUUUAUCGCAAGUUCUGUGUGAGCUUGAGUGAUUCUGUUACUGGAAGCUAUCACUGUCCCGAGAACGAAUUGCGAAGUGCAGCAAGACAGCUCUUCGCCGCCGAGAUGUGCCUGCCGCUGCUGAACUCCGCGACCAGUGCAAUACAGGCCGCUUCCCUCGUGACAAAUCCUUUUGAUCUGUCAGUUGACCAAUAUGUUCAUCCUCGCGUACGGAGUAGCACAUAGAAGGCUUUGCUAAUUUCAACAUUUUCUUCCAUGGCAGUGUCAAGGUUCGGCAACAAUUGCAACCCGAUCGAACCACAACCAACUGGGCUACCACGAUGCGAACCAUGUUUAAAACGGAAGGGCCGUUAUCCCUCUACAAAGGACUCUCCGCCAGCAUGUUGCGUGAAAUGACGUAUUCGUGAGUCCAGACCCGGAUGCGAUGUCAUCUUCGUAGCUUCGUCCUGGGGACGGUUAUCCGCCGACUCGUCGGCACGAUCGGCCUGGCGCUGCAAUAUCUGCGAAGUUGGGACUGGCUUUCGAUGCUUUGCAGAUACUCGAUCCUGCAUGAAACUAGAUGGCCUACAUGAACCCACCCCACGGCGUUCUCCUUUCGACUGAAGACCAUUUUCACUCAUGUUGCGGCACUUUCGACCACGGUCUCUAUCCUCGCCCAGCGCCAGCGCCACUGCUGAUCGGGUUUUAUUCCCCUUUUUCAGAGGGCUUCGAAUGGGCGCUUACGACAGCUGUAAAGCUGCUGUUUUGGUGACCCUUCCGUGGGCGGAAGAAGGUUCUUUCGCCACGAAAUUGACGGCUGGAAUGACGAGUGGGAUGCUUGGUGCCGCCGUGGCAAACCCGGCCGAUUUGGCAAGUUAA